CCCAUCUUCAAUCACUCUUCAUAUAUCUUCUUCUCUAAAUUCCUCCAUUGAUAAAGAUGAUCUUCUUCGUCGAUCCUGUUUAAUACAAGGGCUCGUAAUUCCAUCGGAUCUAUAUCGGUCAUCGCAAAGCUCGAUUCCUGAGAUUAGAGGAUCGGAGAAAGCUUCAUAUCUGAAAAGCAGAGCCAAUUGCAAAGUUAUCAUCACGCUUGUCUCUGCACUUUAUCAAGGGUUUUAGGACCUGUGAUCAUCCUAUUCGAUGGCUGAUCACCGGAAUAGUAAUGCCAAGGUUUCUAAUGACAAAGCAUCCGGAACAGCCAAUGCUUAUGCCAUCAAUUUGGAGAACUUCGGUAAAAGAUUGAAAACGUUAUACUCCCACUGGACUGAACACAAUGAUGAACUUUGGGGAGCUUCUGAAGUUCUUGCCAUAGGAACUCCUCCUCCAUCUGAGGAUCUGCGGUAUCUGAAGUCGUCAGCUUUAAAUAUGUGGUUAGUUGGGUAUGAAUUUCCUGAUACUAUCAUGGUUUUCAUGAAGAAGCAGAUCCAUUUUCUUUGUAGCCAGAAGAAGGCCUCCUUACUUGAAGCUGUCAAGAAAACCUCUAAGGAUAUUGUAGGAGUGGAUGUUGUAAUGCACGUGAGGUCUAAAAAAGAUGAUGGGACUGGUGCAAUGGAUGCAAUUUUUCGAGCUAUACAAGAUCAGUCAGAGUCAAAUGGUAAUGAUUUGCCCAUUGUUGGACACAUUGCGAGAGAAGCUCCUGAAGGGAAUCUUUUAGAGACAUGGACUGAGAAGCUAAAGAAUACACAAUUUCGGCUCUGUGAUGUAACUAAUGGAUUCUCUGACCUGUUUGCUGUCAAGGACACUGCUGAAAUUAUGAAUGUGAAGAAAGCUGGUUAUCUGACUUCAUCAGUGAUGAAGCAUUUUGUAGUCCCAAAGCUAGAAAGGGUUAUUGAUGAGGAGAAGAAGGUGUCACAUUCUUCACUAAUGGAUGACACUGAAAAGGUCAUACUGGAACCUGCAAAGAUUAAGGUGAAAUUAAAGGCAGAUAAUGUCGACAUCUGUUACCCUCCAAUUUUUCAGAGUGGAGGAGAAUUUGAUCUGAGACCAAGUGCAUCAAGCAAUGAUCAGAAUCUUUACUAUGAUUCGACAAGUGUGAUUAUCUGUGCAAUUGGUUCUCGAUAUAAUAGUUACUGCUCAAAUGUAGCUCGGACCUUUCUCAUUGAUGCCAAUCCAAUGCAAAGCAAGGCGUAUGAAGUCCUUCUGAAGGCCCAUGAUGCUGCAAUUGGAGCUCUGAAACCAGGAAACAAGGCUGGAGAUGUCUACCAAGCAGCACUCAGUGUGGUUGAAAAGGAGGCACCUGAAUUGGUUGCAAAUUUGACAAGAUCUGCAGGAACUGGAAUUGGGCUUGAGUUCCGUGAAUCAGGGUUAAACCUCAAUGGCAAGAAUGCUAGAAUGCUGAAAUCUGGCAUGGUUUUUAAUGUGUCUCUUGGGUUUCAGAAUUUGCAAACAGAGUCUAAAAACCCCAAAACUGAAAAAAUUUGUGUUUUGCUUGCUGAUACAGUUGUUAUUGGUCAAAAUGCUCCAGAAGUGGUGACCUCUAUGAGUUCCAAAGCUGUAAAGGAUGUGGCUUACUCAUUCAACGAGGAUGAAGAAGAAGAGGAGGAGCAGCCAAAGGUCAAAGCUAAGCCUGUUGCCGCCAAUGGACUCUCAUCCAAGGCUAUGCUUAGAUCAGUUAACCAUGAGACAUCAAGGGAGGAACUAAGGCGGCAACACCAGGCAGAAUUGGCCCGCCAAAAGAACGAAGAAACUGCACGGAGGCUCACAGGAGGAAGUUCUGGGGGCACAGAUAGCCGUGGUGCUGCGAAAGCCACUGGAGAACUGCUUGCAUAUAAGAACAUUAAUGAUCUGCCACCUCCAAGAGAGUUGAUGAUUCAGGUUGACCAGAGGAGUGAGGCUAUUCUUUUACCUAUUCAUGGAACCAUGAUUCCAUUCCAUAUUGCCACCGUGAAAAGUGUAUCUAGUCAACAAGAUACUAACCGUACCUGCUAUAUCCGGAUAAUGUUCAAUGUUCCUGGCACUCCAUUCACUCCUCAUGACACAAAUACUCUAAAGUUUCAGGGAUCAAUAUAUGUUAAAGAAGUUUCAUUUCGUUCAAAGGACCCAAGGCACAUCACUGAAGUGGUUCAACAAAUAAGAACCCUCCGCAGGCAGGUUGUCUCUAGAGAAUCAGAGAGAGCUGAGAGAGCAACUUUAGUAACACAGGAGAAACUUCAAGUUGCUGGAGCCAAAUUUAAGCCAAUCAAACUGUCAGAUUUGUGGAUUCGUCCAGUAUUUGGUGGUCGUGGGAGAAAGCUUCCUGGUACUCUAGAGGCUCACACAAAUGGAUUCCGGUAUGGAACUUCAAGGCCAGAUGAGAGAGUGGAUGUUAUGUAUGGUAACAUUAAACAUGCAUUCUUCCAGCCAGCAGAAAAGGAAAUGAUUACAGUCCUCCACUUUCACCUGCACAAUCACAUAAUGGUGGGAAACAAGAAAACCAAGGACGUGCAGUUCUAUGUUGAAGUGAUGGAUGUUGUGCAGACAAUUGGAGGUGGAAAAAGAUCUGCUUAUGAUCCUGAUGAGAUUGAGGAGGAACAACGUGAGAGGGAUCGGAAAAACAAGAUUAACAUGGAAUUCCAAACAUUUGUGAACAAGGUAAAUGACCUCUGGACCCAGCCUCAAUUUAAAGGGCUUGAUUUGGAAUUUGAUCAGCCGUUGAGAGAGCUUGGAUUCCACGGAGUACCCCACAAGUCAACAGCUUUUAUAGUCCCAACAUCUAGCUGCCUUGUUGAGCUCGUAGAGACGCCUUUUGUUGUGAUCACUCUCUGUGAGAUUGAGAUAGUCAACUUGGAGAGGGUUGGUCUCGGGCAGAAAAAUUUUGACAUGACAAUUAUAUUCAAGGACUUCAAAAGAGAUGUUAUGCGAAUUGAUUCUAUCCCUUCAACUUCCCUCGAUGGCAUCAAGGAGUGGCUCGAUACAACUGACCUUAAGUACUAUGAGAGCAGGCUGAAUCUGAACUGGCGUCAGAUACUGAAAACAAUUACUGAUGAUCCGGAAGAGUUCAUAGAGAAUGGCGGAUGGGAAUUUUUGAAUUUAGAAGGUACUGAUUCGGAAUCUGAGAACUCACAGGAGUCUGAUCAAGGAUAUGAACCUUCAGAUGUAGAACCUGUCUCGUCAGAUGAGGAAGAUGAUGAAAGCGCAUCACUAGUGGAGUCAGAGGAUGAUGAAGGAGAGGACUCUGAGGAAUAUUCAGAAGAAGAAGGGAAAACAUGGGAAGAGUUGGAAAGAGAAGCAAGCAAUGCCGACAGAGAGAAAGGAGCUGAAUCAGACAGUGACAAUGAUAGGAAAAGGAGGAAUAUGAAGGCUUUUGGGAAAGGCCGUCCUCCAGAGAGAAGAAAUCUCGGUAGCAUCAUUUCCAAGAGACCCAGGUUUAGGUAAAGAGUGUGAUAGCCUGCUAGACUGUCCUAGGACAUUAGUUUAUGCUACAUAAGCUCAUGACAAGCAGCUGUAAAGUAUUUACCCGACAACUGAGUUUAGACUUAUCUUCCUUGUAGAAUAGCUGUUCUCUCUUUCUGUGUUUGCAAAGUAGUUAAUUCGUGUAAAAUCAGAUUGUGCAACUUAUGUUGGGUUUUAAAUUUUGACCUUGUCCUUUUGUUUUUCAAAA